AUGGAAGGAGGCAUAUUAGAAAGUCCAGAGACUACUCUUGAGAGAUAUGAUGAUGAGAUUGCGCUUCAAGCUUGCUGUAGUCCUAAAAGGAGACUGCAUAAGUUUAUUGGCCUCGCAUUGAUGUGUCUCUUAGGCUUUGGUGCGUACUUUUGCUUCGAUAAUCCUGGCGCUUUACAGGAUGAUUUUAAAACCGACUUGCAAAUGCCAACCAGCAAAUUUGUUUUGCUUUAUUCCAUAUAUUCGUGGCCGAAUGUUAUUUUAUGUUUUAUCGGCGGAUUUUUAUUGGAUAGCAUAUUUGGCAUACGUCUAGGAACAAUUAUAUAUAUGGGACUUACACUGAUUGGUCAGAUUAUAUUUGCAACUGGAGCUAUAAUCAAUGUUUUUUGGUUGAUGAUGGUUGGGCGUUUUGUGUUUGGUAUUGGUGCGGAAUCAUUAGCUGUUGCUCAAAAUAGUUAUGCUGUUUUAUGGUUUAAAGGAAAGGAACUCAAUUUAGUAUUUGGAUUGCAGCUAAGUUUUGCUAGAGUUGGUUCAACCGUGAACUUUUUAGUAAUGGAACCAAUUUAUAAUUACGUGUCACAAUAUUAUAAAGGACCACAAUGUAUCGGCAUAGUUCUCUUUCUUGCUGCUCUCACUUGUGUAGUAUCUAUGAUCUGUGCAUGUGUAUUGGGUAUUAUGGAUAAACGUGUAGAGAGAUUAUUGAGAAGGGGAGAGGGACAAGAGCACGAGGUCGUUAGUUUAACAGAUAUUAAAGAUUUCAAAUUAAUAUUUUGGUUGAUUGCGCUCAUUUGCAUUGCUUAUUAUGUGGCAAUAUUUCCGUUUGUUGCCUUAGGAAAAGUAUUUUUCGAACGAAAAUAUUCGUUUGAACCAUCAAAUGCAAAUACAGUUAACUCACUCGUAUAUUCCAUAUCGGCUGUUGCAUCUCCCAUUUUCGGCUAUCUUGUUGAUAGAACCGGAAAGAACGUUUCUUGGGUGUUUACCAGUAUUCUUGUAACUAUAAUAGCUCAUGGAUUACUUGCAUUUACAUAUAUGAAUCCUUAUGUAUGCAUGAUUCUUAUGGGAAUAGCAUACUCUAUGCUCGCUAGUAGUUUAUGGCCAUUGAUUGCACUUGUCACUCCAGAAUAUCAGCUUGGUACUGCUUAUGGAAUUGCACAGGCUGUACAAAAUUUGGGUUUGGCUAUAGUUUCAAUUUUAGCUGGUAUAAUCGUUGAUCGGGGAGGAUACUUUAUGCUUGAAAUGUUUUUCUUGGGUUGGCUAUGGAUUUCAUUGAUAACUGCUGUUGCAAUCUGGAUGACAGAUAUAGCAACUAGUGGCGGUUAUCUGAAUAUGACACCAAGUCAAAGGGAAAAAUAUGAAGAAAUACGACGUUCACCGGAAAGUUUCGAAAGAGCGAAGUUAUUGGCUCCAGAAUCUACUUCGGAUUUAUCCACUGAUGAUCUUUUACAACCACAAUCUGAUAUUAGCAUUAGAAAUCGAUAUCUUUCUCGCAUUGGAGGAAUGGUACCACCUAAUGUAAAGGCUCCAAUUCAUCGGCCAUUACGAUGACGAAUUUUACUUAGAUAAAUAUGAAAUAGCUAUAUUUGUUUAAUAUCUGAGUAAAAGAAUUUGCUCACUGUGUCUUCCUCUUACACAGCAUUAAUCUGUGAUAAUUUCUUAAUUGAUGCGUUUGAAAUCAACUAAGAUUCAUUUUUAACAAAUCGAUUAAUAGAUAUUUUAUUAACGAACUAACGUCGAAAUAUGUCGAAACAUGGUUGGAAAAUGAUAAAGAUAUAUACAUUAUUUGUUUUUGGUAUUCAUUAUAAUUACAAAUUUUAAUAAUAAUAAUACGAUCUCACAUAACGAAACAAUGUAUUUAUAACAUUAAUAUAACGAACAAAUCAAGAAUUAUUUUCUACCUCUUAUUUUAAAAAAAAGAUUUUAAAUUAAUUGUUAUUUAAAACCUAUAACAAGUUGUAGCAUGUAAAUGUAUUUUAAUGCACAUUUAACCAUGUAUAGCCAAAUCAAAACAAAAAUCAUGAUUUA